AAAUCACAGCGACAAGCACCAGACAUGGAUCAGGCGGCCAGGAAGGAACCCUAGAGCCCUCCGCUGCCAGUAUAAAUAGGGGAGCCAUUCCGCUCGCCCGAACCCUCCUCUCAGUCCCCUUUCUUCCCCCCGACCGCCGCCGCCGCCGCCGCCUCCUCGUCCUCUCGGUUCCCUCUCCUUCCUUCGAGUUUGCUUCAGCCAUGGGUAAGGAGAAGACUCACAUCAACAUCGUGGUCAUUGGCCACGUCGACUCUGGCAAGUCGACGACCACUGGCCACCUGAUCUACAAGCUUGGAGGCAUUGACAAGCGUGUCAUCGAGAGGUUCGAGAAGGAAGCCGCUGAAAUGAACAAGAGGUCUUUCAAGUACGCCUGGGUGCUUGACAAGCUCAAGGCCGAGCGUGAGAGAGGUAUCACCAUCGAUAUUGCCCUCUGGAAGUUUGAGACCACCAAGUACUACUGCACCGUCAUUGAUGCCCCUGGUCACCGUGACUUCAUCAAGAACAUGAUCACCGGUACCUCCCAGGCUGACUGUGCCGUUCUCAUCAUCGACUCCACCACUGGUGGUUUUGAGGCUGGUAUCUCCAAGGAUGGCCAGACACGUGAGCACGCCCUCCUUGCUUUCACUCUUGGAGUGAAGCAGAUGAUCUGCUGCUGCAACAAGAUGGACGCCACCACUCCCAAGUACUCGAAGGCUCGUUACGAAGAAAUUGUUAAGGAGGUCUCUUCGUACCUGAAGAAGGUCGGCUACAACCCUGACAAGGUUCCCUUCGUCCCCAUCUCUGGGUUCGAGGGUGACAACAUGAUUGAGAGGUCCACCAACCUUGACUGGUACAAGGGCCCAACCCUGCUUGAGGCACUUGACCAGAUCAACGAGCCCAAGAGGCCCUCAGACAAGCCCCUCCGUCUUCCCCUACAGGAUGUUUACAAGAUUGGUGGCAUUGGAACUGUGCCUGUUGGCCGUGUUGAGACUGGUGUCAUCAAGCCUGGUAUGGUUGUUACCUUUGGUCCCACUGGUCUGACAACUGAGGUCAAGUCCGUUGAGAUGCACCAUGAGUCUCUCCUGGAGGCGCUUCCUGGUGACAACGUUGGCUUCAACGUCAAGAACGUUGCCGUGAAGGAUCUGAAGCGUGGGUUUGUUGCAUCCAACUCCAAGGAUGACCCUGCCAAGGAGGCAGCCAACUUCACCUCCCAGGUCAUCAUCAUGAACCACCCUGGUCAGAUUGGCAACGGCUACGCCCCAGUGCUGGACUGCCACACCUCACACAUUGCUGUCAAGUUUGCUGAGCUGGUGACCAAGAUCGACAGGCGGUCUGGUAAGGAGCUGGAGGCCCUGCCCAAGUUCCUCAAGAAUGGUGAUGCUGGCAUAGUGAAGAUGAUUCCCACCAAGCCCAUGGUUGUGGAGACCUUUGCCACUUACCCUCCUCUUGGUCGUUUUGCUGUCCGUGACAUGAGGCAGACUGUGGCUGUUGGUGUCAUCAAGGGCGUUGAGAAGAAGGACCCAACCGGGGCCAAGGUGACCAAGGCUGCCAUCAAGAAGAAGUAAUUCCACAAUUGAUAUCCAAAUCACUGUUUCAGACACCAAGCAGUUUUUAGUAUUGGCUGAGUUUUGUUAAGGGCAUUGUUCGUACUGGGUAUAUUUUAGCUGUUCAGCUGUUAGUGCUGCAUAUCGUGCCCUUGGUGGUGUCUGUCUUGUGCCUUUUACAUACUGUCCUAAUGUAAGCUUCGGUGAAACCUGGAUGUUAUGAGACCUGGUUUGUGUCUUUUAAUACUACCUUGUUGCAUUUUA